UCCGUAUAUAAAUUUUGAGAAACCCUUUUUUUCAUAUGCAUACAAGACGGAAAGGAGGAGUUCUUCUCGGAGGACAUGAUACUCUCUGCAUCUGAAUUUGGAUCCCACGUGCCGUGAUCUUCUUUACAGUAUAACGUUAGUAGUGCAGCAGUGCUUCCUUCUCCCCGCACUCUUUCCCCUUGCCCCCGUCUUCGCUCCCUCUGGCUACCUUCUUCCGCGUUAUUUGACUUUCUUGUUCCUGCUCUUCCUCCCAGUCCUCAUGUUCACUUAACCUUGUACCCUCUGCACGACGAGAUUGUUGCAAUGACUACCAAGAAAGGCCAACAGCAGGAAAUGGUCCAGGUUGACCGCACUGAAAGGAGCAAUUCGCCUUUCUGGAAGGCAAGAUCGGUGUCCCAUAACCAAGCAUCGUCCAAGACCCCGGAUCCAAACACCGUUGUCGGAGCCUCAUAUUCCCAUGCCAAUAUAUCAAUAGGGGGCCCGCAGCAACAUGCCCGUCCGCGAACACCCCCUCCAGUGACUUCCGCCAACAGCUCGCAUGCUACCUUGUCUCCCCAUCGGCCGGGUUUGUGGGUUUCGUCACCACGAAAUUCAUACUCUGGCAUUCUGAAUGGGGGGUUGGAAUCCUGGGAAAGCUAUCGGGUGGGCGAGGGGCAAGAGGAAGAUGAGAAUGACGAGGAUGGGGAAGGGGGUAUAGCCUACGAUGAUGACGAGGAUGAGUUUGGACUCCCAAGCAUUACAAGCAUGCGCAAGAAGCAAAGUCGAGCUACUGCUCCAACUCAACCUAGUACCCUUGACUCAGGCGGAGGGGUGGGACAUCACUUGACCCUUGGUGUUGGCCUCGGAAGUAAUCGACAACGAGCAAAUAGUUCUGACAUCGCGGAGGAGCGUGGGGUGUCGAUUUAUCCUAUCACCAGGAAGGCAGAAGGCAAAAUUCUACGGCCUCAGUACAAGGAGAUUUUAAGAGACCCCGCACACGCGCUUAAUCUUAUAGAUCAUGCACCACCACCGAAAAAUGCACCACCUAAAGAAAUGGAUGUCUAUUCGAGCCGCAUCUUAAGAAUCAACAAGUUCAAGCGCUUGCUACAGACGAGCACUGUUCCUCUCGCAGAACUCAGGAACCUGGCGUGGUCAGGGGUCCCAGAGGAGGUGCGAGCAAUUACUUGGCAAUUAUUGCUAGGGUAUUUGCCGACAAACAGUGAACGACGCAUUUCGACUUUGGAAAGGAAGCGCAAGGAAUAUCUGGACGGGGUCCGACAAGCAUUUGAGCGAAGUGCCCCAAGCUCCGCCAACCCGCCUUCGUCCGUCACAGGACGAGGUAGAGGCUUAGACGAAGCGGUCUGGCAUCAGAUUAGUAUUGACGUUCCUCGCACCAGCCCCCAUAUCCAGCUCUACAGCUACGAAGCUACUCAACGCUCUUUAGAAAAGAUACUGUACGUUUGGGCUAUUCGUCAUCCUGCUAGCGGCUAUGUCCAAGGCAUCAAUGAUCUUGUGACUCCGUUUUGGCAAGUAUUCCUCGGGCUAUAUGUUACCGACCUCAACGUUGAGGAGGGCAUGGAUCCAGGCCAAUUGCCCAGGAGUGUGCUAGAUGCGGUGGAGGCGGAUUCCUUCUGGUGUCUCACCAAACUUCUGGAUGGCAUUCAAGACAACUACAUCUAUGCCCAACCAGGUAUUCACAGACAAGUAAGAGCACUACGCGACCUAACGAUGCGCAUAGACUCUACACUGGCCAAGCAUUUGGAGCAAGAGGGCGUGGAAUUCAUGCAAUUCAGCUUUCGAUGGAUGAACUGUCUGCUCAUGCGAGAAAUGAGCGUGCAAAAUACCAUAAGAAUGUGGGAUACAUACAUGGCUGAAGAGCAGGGCUUCUCGCGCUUCCACAUAUAUGUGUGCGCCGCAUUCCUUGUGAAAUGGACAGAUCAAUUAAUUAGAAUGGAUUUCCAGGAAAUUAUGAUGUUCCUACAAGCCCUGCCGACAAAGGGCUGGACUGACAAGGAUAUCGAACUGUUGCUGAGUGAAGCCUACAUUUGGCAAAGUCUUUUUCAAGACUCUCGUGCCCACCUUCGUCCGGCUGGAGAUCGGUCGCCCGAGGAUGGCUUUCAAUGA